AUGGCUACUCUCGAAGAUAAUCUCAUUGAGUUACUGAAAGGCAACUGGGUUAUGAACAAGGAAUUAACAGGAGACACGGAUCCCAUAUUGAAGCUGCAAAAAGUCCCCUGGUUGCUGCGCCGAGCACUUGCCGCCGUGACUAUCCACCUCAAAAUUUCGGGGUUCCUCGCACCAAGUCCUUUGGGAGAGAAACCCUUGCCGAAUUUUGAUUUUAUCCAAACAGCAACUGGAGGAUUAGUCGGUACAACCGAAAAACGAACUUUAAAUUGGGAAGUACAAGCCCACGCCGACUACAUCUUUGGCUCAGUACAACACCAAAGUCAUUUCAUCCGUGGCACUACCGAUGCGAGAGGGUAUAUACGGCCAGAAUUCGAGAUGCAAACCAGUGUAAACUCGGCAGAGAUUAAACAGUUUCUGCGAGGAGAGAUUAUGCUGGAUGGAAGUGAAUCGCCUGGAUUCUUGUUGGCUAGUCCAAAUAGCAGGGGGGACGGAAAGGACAGGAUGGAUAUUUGGAUACACACAUUUGAGCGGAAUUUACAGUCCGGUUGGACCGCUGAGCAGAUCUGGGGAUUUGAAUCCAUUGGGGCUACCCGCUACUUCUGUCGUAGAGUUGUUGCUGCUAGCAUUGAAGGGCGGUACAAAGGUGCAAGGCUUGUGUAUGGCUUCAGGAACUGA